AGCGUUGCUGACGUGUAGGUAAGGAAGAGGGGUUUCAUUCUUGUUUUGGUUGUGCGCAAACCGGUGACAGCUUACUAUGCGAAGUCCCAAGAUUUUGGACUGAAUUAUCAGGGAGGUCAAAACUGGAUCGUGCUUGACAGGUAGAAGGCUCGAGAGACAGAAGUGAAUUUGCGAGCUUCUCUGACACUAUGGGCCGACGGAAACAUCCAGACCUCUACUGCGCUCCCUUCCCUCUCUAUACUGUGAAGGUGCACCCUGAAACAGGAUUAGUUGUCACAGCAGGUGGGGGUGGCGCUUCAAAGACUGGAAUUAAAAAUGGAGUGCACUUCCUGGGUCUGGAGUUGGUCGGUGGCCGGCACAGUGCUACACUUCUGCACUCCCAUGACACAGACACCCGCGCUACCAUGAACUUGGCACUAGGGGGCGAUGUGAUCGCAGCAGGGCAGGAUGGCACUUGCAGUUUGAUGCGCUUUAAACAGUGCUCCAAGAAGGAUGGCCACAAGGCUACAGCUAGAGAAGAAGGGGGCGACGGCAAGCAGACGGCCCCCAGGCGGCGUGGGGGGCAUCGGCGGGCCGAGGCAGGCGGGGACGAGGCGGAGACAAGAGACGAGACCCCUCAGAUGUCGGUGGAGGCGGUGGGGGAGGUGUGCUCGGACCGCAGCCCCACUGACCCCCUGCAGAAGUGCGUGAGGUUCAGUGCUGACCUCAGCCUGCUGCUGACCGGUGGGGCGGAUGGACACGUCCGCGUGUGGGAGUACCCUGCAAUGAAGGAGAAGCUGGAUUUCAAGGCUCAUGAUGGGGAGAUUGAAGACUUAGAUAUCAGUCCUGAUAACAAGCAGAUCGUGACAGUAGGGCGGGACUUUGCGUGCUGUGUGUGGAGUAAUGACCAGCUGGUCGUGGGAUUGAGUUGGCAUGACAACAUGCCUCACAUCACCGAUAAGAUGUACCGCUACCAAGCCUGCAGGUUUGCAAAGGUGGAGGACCAGUCCGAUGCUCUGAGGCUCUACACGGUCCAGAUUCCUCACAAACGUGACCGCAGGCCGCCCCCCUGCUACCUCACCAAGUGGGACGGGCGGAACUUUCUCCCCUUGCUUACCAAACCCUGUGGCAGUGAGGUCAUUUCCUGCCUGGCUGUCAGCGACUCUGGGACGUUUCUGGGCUUGGGGACAGUGACGGGAUCAGUGUCCAUUUACAUUGCCUUCUCACUGCAGAGUCUUUACUACGUUCAGGAAGCCCAUGGGAUCGUGGUCACCGAUCUGGCCUUCCUGCCAGACUCCCCGAAGGGCAGGGGGAUUCUGGGAGACAACGAAGCCGCCUUGCUGAGCGUAGCGGUGGACAGCCGCUGCAAGAUGCACGUCCUGCCCCACCGAGGGUCCUUCCCGGUGUGGCUGCUGCUCCUGCUCUGCGCCCUCGUGGUGGUGUGCGUGGUGCUCUUCCUGCAGCACACCUUCCCAGGAUUCAUUUAGGGACCCAGGACUCGGCCACAGUCCUCGACUAGUCUUAUUAACGAUGGUGACAAGGAGAGUAUUUAAUAAAUGUUUUUUUUUUUUUUUUUCCCGCAAAAGCCAAUCAGUACUUUGAAUGCCAGUGUGUCAGUUUGGUGAGACCAUACCUCAGGGGCUGGUGUGUCGGUUUUGGUGAGACCAUGCUGUACCUCAGGGGCCGUUGAGUCAGUUUUGGUGAGAGACCAAACCUCUGUACUUCUGCCUCGCCAAGGGCUGACAUGCAGAACGGAGACCAUGGACCCAAACAGACUUUUCUUUUCCUAUAUCAUUACCGCACAAGUUUUCUUUUUUUUUUUGUUGAUGUUUUGGAAAGGGACAUUAUUUAAAACCUAGACUGUCAACCACAGUGGUCACAGUGAUAUGAUUUACAGGGGGUGGGGCCUGACUCAUUGGCAGUUUUUAAAUAUCUAGAUUAUUAAUAAAUAUCAUGAACUUUA